GGUUAAGCCUGCGAAUAAAGUCACUUGUGUUGUUACGACACCUUGCGAAAGUCUCCGACAACAUCUGUCGUUACCGACACCCAACUUCGACAGGAUGCUUCUCGCUCAGCGUCAGCUCGGUGCCGCCCGCGUGAAUGGCCGUUCGGCAGCGCCGAUGGUCGCGCGCCCCGCGCGUCGCAACCUGCGCUGCGAGGCCCGCAAGGUGGCACUUCUGGGUGCUGCUGGUGGCAUCGGCCAGCCCCUGGCCCUGCUGCUGAAGAUGAACAAGUUCGUGACGGAGCUUGCCCUCUACGAUAUCGCUAACGUUGUUGGAGUUGCCGCUGAUCUGAGCCACUGCAACACGCCCGUGAAGGUGUCCGCCUUCACCGGCGCUGAGGAGCUGGCUGCUUGCCUGAAGGGCGCCGAUCUCGUCGUCAUUCCGGCCGGCAUGCCCCGCAAGCCUGGCAUGACCCGCGAUGACCUGUUCAACAUCAACGCUGGUAUCGUCCAGAACCUGGUUGAGGCUGCUGGCAAGAACUGCCCCCAGGCUGUGCUGGCCCUCAUCACCAACCCCGUCAACUCGACGGUGCCCAUCGCCGCCGAGACGCUGAAGAAGCUGGGCGUCUACGACCCCAAGAGGGUCAUCGGUGUUACCUCGCUGGACGUUGUCCGCGCCAACACCUUCGUUGCUGAGGCCCGCGGCCUGGACCUGAAGGAUGUGGAUGUCCCCGUCAUCGGUGGCCACGCCGGUGCUACCAUCCUGCCCCUGCUGUCUCAGGCCACCCCCGCUGUGACCUUCACUGACGAGGAGAAGCGCGCCAUGACCGACAAGAUCGCCAACGCGGGCACCGUGGUGGUGGAGGCCAAGGCCGGCAAGGGCUCCGCGACCCUCUCCAUGGCCUACGCCGCCGCCCGCAUGGCGGAGAGCACCCUGCUGGGCCUCAACGGCGAGCCCAACAUCUACGAGUGCGCCUUCGUGCAGUCCGAGGUUGUUCCCGAUUGCCCCUUCUUCGCCAGCAAGGUGCUGCUGGGCCCGCAGGGCGUGCAGAAGGUGAUGGGUCUGGGAGAGCUGGACGCCUUCGAGAAGGCCGCCUUCGACUCCAUGCUGCCGCAGCUCAAGGCGGAGAUCCAGAAGGGUCUGGACUUCGUGAAGAAGGCCUCCGCGUAAGCGGGCUGGCUGCUGCUGCCGGGCUGCUGCUUAACGUCAGCAGAGCGGUUGGCGAAAUGGGUAGCUAGGAGUGGGGCGUGAUUGCUGCCUCUGCUGCCCUGAUCGCUUGGCGUCGUAGCCCUCUUUUGCAGGGGCUGAAUGUAGCUGGGGCGGGUUCCGUGCUGCGAGGGCAUAUGGGUGUUACCUUCCUAGGUUCGGGAGCCAGCUGCAGUGAUGUAGGCGGGAGGAAGAGGAGAAGUUUUUUUGUCGUAUUAUGUUGGUUGAUGGUGACAGGAUUUUGUUGUUGGUGGGUUGUAAAGGUGUCAGAGCCAUUUGAGGAAAGCGUAGAUGGUGAGGCAGCCCCUUGUAUGUUGGAUGUGGGUGUGAUGCUGCUGCUAUAACAGCGGCGCAGCAAGAGCGUUGGUAAAAUCUCGUGCAAACUCCCCAAGAGCAUGAUCAUUUGGAAGUGCGCCCUUGAUAAGUGCGCACUGCCGUCUUGGCGUGGGGCUUGCUUCUGUAUGUUUUCGGGACGUUCUUCUCAAUUUUUUAUCUCCUGCAGUGAAUUCCAUCGCAGGCUUCCGAGCGCGUUUUUGGACUAGCGAAGUGUGAUAUAACCGCGUUGCGAGUUCCAUAAAUGCCCUAACGGACCUGCGGCUGAUAUAGCUCAGGCGGUGGUGGUACCAAGCGAAAUAAGACCUUCGGACGUGUCGGCAACCCUGGAGGGCUCUCAGCGCGAGGCCCCCCGGGGGUUCCGCACGCUGUGCCCGCCCGCGGGUCGGGGCGCAUUGCCCGUCUGAACCCCGGAAAGCAGGCCAGCCGCCAAGCACGGACUUUAUCUGUGCUGAGAUGGAUGUAACGGCGGAAUAACUUG